CUAAAAAUAGGCAAAACCAAAAUAUGAAAAAUAAAAAAAAAUAUCGGAAAACUGCUCGGCCUCUCAGAUUACACGAGUUUUGAAUCUUCAUCCAUAUCCAUUGAAGAAUAUUUUGAAUUUUCAUCAUCCAGAGUGGAUUCGAAGCUAUAAUUGUUGAUGCGUCGACAUUAUUCGACUUUUUACCCGCCAAAAUCCAGAGAGAUUUUGUAAUAAGCUUCUGGAUUUCACUCUGGCGAUUUGCUGAAACCGAGCUGACUCUGAUCUUUCUGGAAUGGAUGAAGAGAAGGUUCGGGAGAAUGAUGUUACAACCGAGCGCCCAAAUCCCAUUACUUUACCGCCAGACGCACAUCCAGUUGACCAAUCGUCCUCUGAACAUGGUAGCGAGGACACAUUUUUAAGUUUAAGUCCAGAUGGGUAUUCUGGGCAUAAAAAUGUUGAGAAUAUUAGCAUUUCUCCAAAUGUAGACAAAAACGGCUCAAAUGAAUUGCUUGAAAAGCAUGACCCGAAAGUUGGUUCCCCGAACGUAGAUAAAAAUGGCUCAAAUAAACAGCCCGAAAAGAAUGACUCGAAAGUUGGUUCAACUUCCCCGAACGUAGACAAAAAUGGCUCAAAUAUACAUCCCGAAAAGCAUGACUUGAAAGUUGGUUCCCCGAACGUAGACAAAAAUGGCUCGGAUAAACAGACUGAAAAGGAUGAGGCGAAAGUUCAUCAUAUUGAUACGGCUGCCCCCUUUGAGUCGGUUAAAGAAGCCGUUUCUAAAUUCGGUGUGAUUGUUGACUGGAAAGCGCACAGAGCUCAAACCAGCGAGAGACGCCAGUACAUAGAACAUGAACUCGAGAAAGCCGAAAAGGAGAUUCCAGUGUUCAAACAAAAAGCCGAGUUAGCCGAGCAAGAAAAAGAGCAAGCAUUACGCGAUCUCGACAGCACGAAAAGGCUAAUACAUCAACUAAAACUAAAUCUCGAACGAGCCCAAACCGAAGAACGCCAAGCCAAACAAGAUUCCGAACUAGCCAAUUUACGAGUCCAAGAGAUGGAACAAGGAAUUGCCGAUGAAUCAAGCGUAGCAGCCAAAACGCAACUCGAAGUCGCCAAAGCCCGACACCAAGCCGCAGCUUCCGAACUCAUAACCGCCACAAACGAACUCGAAGAAACCCGUAAAGAUUAUCAGAUUUUAAUAUCGGAACGCGAUUCUGCUACGCAGAAAGCGCAAGAAGCGGUGUCUGCAGCUAAAGAAAUCGAACGACAAGUCGAAGAUUUGACUAUUCAACUCAUAACAACGAAGGAAUCGAUCGAAUCCACACACGCGUCCCAUUUAGAAGCUGAAGAACAGCGGUAUCAAGAAGCGAAAGAACAAGAUGAAUAUGCGAUCAAUUUAGACGUUGAGAUAAAACAAACCGAAGAGGAGUUGGAAAAAGUUAACGAACAGAUCGUCUUAGCGAAAGACAUGCGAACGAAACUAGAAACGUCUUCGGGGUUGCUGCGUAAUCUGAAAGAUGAAUUGGCGGUUUAUAUGCAGGGGAAGGUGCCGGAAGUAGACGAGGAUGAACAGUUUACGCGUAAAGAUAUACAAUCGGGUAUUGCGGUUGCGAAAAAGGAGCUUGAUGAAGUUAAGAUUCAGAUCGAAAGAACAAACGAAGAGGUCAUGUGUUUGAAAACAACUGCAACGUCGUUAACCGCAAAGCUCGAGAGCGAAAAAAAAGUGUUAACGGAUGUGCGGAAGCAAAAAGGGUUAGGAGCAGGAGCGGUUGUGAAUCUCGAGUCGGAGUUGAAACGAACGCGGUUAGAACUUGAUAACAUUCGAAAACGAGAAAAAGAAGCUCGCGAAAAGCUUGCGGAACUCCCGAAACAGUUACGAAAAGUAAGCGAAGAGGCCGAAAAGGCUAGAUCAUUAGCCGACGAAGCGCAUUCAAAGUUGAAAAAAGCAAAAGACGCAGCCGAGGAAGCAAAAACCGGAGUGGAUUCGCACUCGGAUCGGCUCGCUGCGAUUCAGAAGCAGAUCGACGCUGCACGGGCUCAAGAAAAGAUAGCCUUAGGAGCCAUUAACGCGCUAAACGAGAGCCAGUCGAAAAGCGGGAAAAAAAACGAGGACUUAAAAGGCGCAGUGACCAUCUCGUUACAGGAAUAUUACGACAUGAGUAAACGGGCCUAUGCGGCUGAAGAGGCUGCUAACAAACGCGUCGAAGAAGCCGCAGCUAAAAUAGACGAAGCGAAGGAUUCGGAAAUGCAAAGUUUAAACAAACUUACAAAAGUGAACCAGGAAAAUGCUGCACGAAAAGACGCGUUAAACGCUGCGUUGCAAAAGGCGGAAAUGGCGAAAGAAUCGACGGAGAGUAUUCAAGAGGAGUUGAAGAAACGGAAGGGCGAAGACGGCGGUGAAACGCAAAAGGCCGAGGCAGCUCCCGCUCCGCGUGUCGGGUUGUUUAAACGGUUGAGCCAAAAAGGGGGCCUUGACGCAGCGUCACCUAGCUCGACACCGGCUAACCCGUCGCCGGAUACCAAGGGUGGGGGGCCCGAUGCGAACGGUAACGCGGAUGAAUCGGCGACAGAAGGUAAGGGUUUCUUUAGGAGGAGGAAGAAGCUGCAGAUGCCCAAUGUGAUGCCCAAGAUGAGCUUCAUUAACAUGAAGAAGAAACCGCUUUUCGGUAGGAAUUCGAAUUCUUAAAUGCUGUAUCAUUUCUAAAACAUCUUUUGUAUAGAGUUGCAUGAAUAGACAGACAAUAGUUUAAAUAAUGUUAAGAUUCUGAAUGUGGUAACUUAGGCUAUUGUUGUUCCA